AUGGAUUCUCAAGAGCAAGGAAAUACAUCUUACAUCGAUCUUUUAAGUCAGAAUUAUAAUGAAUCGAUGGGUUCUUCUUAUCCAAAUGUUCAAAUGUAUGAACCACAAGUUGAGAUUGGAUCCAAUGUUAAGAAACCACGACGUGGGAACUUUAGUAUUGAAGAAGAUAUUCAACUUAUGGAAUCGUGGAUAAAUACUAAUACGGAUCCAGUGCAUGGAAAUGAGCAAUCAAAGAAGACAUAUUGGAAUAGAAUUUGUGAGAACUACGAUGCCAGAAUUGCUCGUGCGAAAGAGCUUCAUCGAAAACUACAUAAAACUCCAUUUGCUUUUGAACAUUGUUGGGAUAAAUUGAAGAAAUGUCCAAAAUGGAGUAGUAGCAAUGACAAAGCAAGAAAAAGAUCAUUUGAUAAAACAUCCUCGUCUUCUACUCAAGCUCUAGUAGAAUUAGGGGAAGAUAAUACAUCCACUAGUAACUUUGUAGAUUUGGAGAGACCCUUAGGUAGGAAAGCCGCAAAAGAGAAAUUAAAUAAUCAAAAGAAAAAAGAUAGUGUUGAUCAUUUUGUAGUGGGGUUACUAACUCAGAUGAACGAAAAAGCUAUGAUAACGGCUGAGAGGAAACUGCAACUUAUAGAAAGAACAAGUGCUCGAGAGGAUGAGAGGAUUCAACUUGAAGAAGAAAAGAUUCGGCUUGAGCAAAGUAAGUUUCGAGUUGAGGAGGACAAAAUUAUGCUCACGGAUACAAGUGACUUGUCUGAAUUCCAAAGGGCGUAUAUUCGUAUCCGACAAAUGGAAAUCCUUGAAAGUCGAAGGAUGAAGUAA